UUUGGGCAGAACUAUCCAGAGGAAGCUGAUGGCACAUUGGAUUGUAUUAGUAUGGCUCUUACAUGUACUUUUAACAGAUGGGGCACUCUUCUAGCAGUGGGUUGUAAUGAUGGCCGAAUUGUCAUUUGGGAUUUCUUGACAAGGGGCAUUGCAAAAAUAAUAAGUGCCCAUAUUCACCCAGUUUGUUCAUUAUGUUGGAGUCGAGAUGGUCACAAGUUAGUGAGUGCAUCAACUGAUAAUAUGGUGUCUCAGUGGGAUGUUUUGACUGGUGAUUGUGAUCAGAGGUUUCGUUUUCCUUCUCCUAUUCUGAAAGUCCAGUAUCAUCCUCGUGAUCAAAACAAGGUGUUAGUAUGUCCGAUGAAAUCUGCCCCAGUAAUGCUAACAUUGUCUGAUUCAAAGCAUGUUGUCCUACCAGUAGAUGAUGAUUCUGAUCUCAAUGUGGUAGCUUCUUUUGAUCGACGAGGGGAAUAUAUCUACACAGGGAAUGCUAAAGGAAAGUUGCUUCCUCAUAAAUACUGCUGAUCGCAUAAUCAGAGUUUAUGAUGGCCGGGAAAUCUUGACUUGUGGUAGAGAUGGGGAACCAGAACCAAUGCAAAAACUACAGGAUUUGGUGAACAGGACACCUUGGAAGAAAUGCUGUUUCUCUGGUGAUGGAGAGUAUAUUGUUGCAGGGUCAGCCCGUCAGCAUGCUCUGUACAUAUGGGAGAAAAGUAUUGGCAAUCUUGUGAAAAUCCUGCAUGGCACCAGGGGAGAGCUGUUGCUGGAUGUGGCAUGGCAUCCUGUCCGACCAAUCAUUGCUUCUAUUUCCAGUGGAGUGGUAUCUAUAUGGGCACAGAAUCAAGUGGAAAACUGGAGUGCCUUUGCACCUGAUUUUAAAGAGCUGGAUGAAAAUGUAGAAUAUGAAGAACGGGAGUCUGAAUUUGACAUAGAAGAUGAAGAUAAAAGUGAGCCAGAACAGACAGAUGAUGGUUGUCUUCACCUGCUGACAGCCAGUUGCCAGCAGUAUGACUGGAGGCCAGCUGCCAUAAGAAAGCCAUGUGAAGCUUCAGAACUGGGGUCCAUGCUAAGUAAAUGUGCUGAUGCUGCAGAAGAUGAGGAAGUGGAUGUAACUAGUGUAGACCCUAUUGCAGCUUUUUGUAGCAGUGAUGAAGAACUGGAAGACUCUAAAGCUUUACUCUACUUGCCUAUUGCUCCUGAGGUGGAAGACCCAGAGGAAAAUCCAUAUGGACCUCCACCAGAUGCAGUUCAGACUGCUUUACCCGAUGAUGGGAUAGGCUCUGAGAAGAAGCGGCCAUCUUUGUCCGAUGGACCUCAACCUCCAAAGAAGAAACCUAAAACCACCAACAUAGAACUGCAGGGAGUACCUAAUGAUGAAGUCCAUCCACUGCUGGGUGUAAAAGGAGAUGGUAAAUCCAAGAAGAAGCAAGCAGGGAGACCUAAAGGAUCAAAAGGUAAAGAGAAAGAUUCUCCAUUUAAACCGAAACUCUACAAAGGGGACAGAGGUUCUUUACCUCUGGAAGGAGCAGCGAAGGGUAAAGUGCAGGCGGAGCUGGGACAGCCUUUGCCAGGUGGUGGAAUCUCGGAGUUGUUAUGAAAGCUUCCCUCCUCAUUCUUUUUUCUUACUUUGACGUCAUUACAUGGAAUAAGGACAAAUGUUAAGUCAGAUAAUGGACUGCCUUCAUGUGGGGAAAAAAAUCUGACUUAACUGCCUGCAUCUCCAGGGAACAAUUUUUAUGCAAAUUAUGGAAGAGGAACAUUUUUGUCCCUAGAGAUUUCUUUUUACUAAUAGUAAAUGGACAAGGAAAGAUUUAUAUAAAAUCUGAUGGGAAAGAACUGGUUUUUGCCCAUAAUAUUCUUAGAGUUCCCUAGAGUACAAAGUAUGGAACAAGCUAAGAAGCAUGUACAUGAGUCUUGGUUACUUUAUGUUACAUGGCUUUUCUUGAGAGAGAAAAAUGCUGGAAUCUCAUUGAAUUCCUCCAACAGGCUUGUGACUGGCUAAAGCAAAUUACUCUGAGCCUUCUUGUUGUUUAUUUUUCAACUACAUUGAAUUGUAAAUGCAGUUAGUGCUUAGCUUACUAUCCUACAGCAAUGAGAUAUUGUAAAUUGAUCUAGUUUUCAAACGGGCUGUUAAAAUCCAGAGGUCUCUGAUGUAUAAGAACAAGAACUAUUUUUCCAAGGGAGAAAAGGAGCAUAUAAAAAAGUAAGCAGAGUGAGUAAAAAGCAUGAGAGACUCUUGUUUCUUCUCACCAUGUUUUAAACACAUCCAGAGAUGCUUGUUUUCCAAACCUUUUAAUGUUCUAGGGAGAACAAACUUUCCCUAGACUCCAUAGAGGAAGUGUAUAGAAAUGGAAAACACGGACUUCCAGUAUAUUAAAUGGAUUCAUUUUGUUCAUAUGCUCUGAAAACAAUUUGAGGGUGUGACUGCUGGUCCUGGGUCUAUUUUACAAAACAGGCCUUUCUUCAGGAGAUAUUUAAAUGAUGACAGCGAUGUCUUCAAAGUGCAAAGCUAAAGGAUAUACAGGUGAUUUACAUACUUAACAUCUAUCUAUAGCAGGGUUGACAAACUCCCGGCCAGAUGCGUCACAUGCUGGCCACGCCCAUGCCCGGUUUAGACAGGGGGGAAGGGGAAAGUCCUUUUACAUCA